AUGUGUGUUCAAGAUGCAUUGAGUGCUUUAGAAGACGAAAUUACCCCUAUUAGAAAUGCAGCAAUGUGUAUAUGGCGUGCUGAUACGCAUUUGUUUAGAAAAUGGGCAACAUUUUGCAAGAUAAAAGGGUUGAUUCCGACAAGAUUUUUCAUAGAUCAUUCAGGGUGUGCCCCUUGGUAUCAAUCUUACAGAAUGGUUCAUGGCUGCUUUGAGUAUAGAGAUGCAUUAUGUUCAUUUUUUGCCGAGCAGCAAUUUGGGGAUGUUCGAGUAAAUUUGGCUCAGUUUGAAGCAUGCUCUAGCUUAUAUCAGCUUUUGACUACUUUUUAUCAAGUUGUUGAAGAACUAUCCCGUGUUUAUCAUCCUACUUCUGUGUUGGUCUUGGAUAAUUGUGUCAAACUUGCAAUUCUGUUUAACUCUUUAAUGGGGCGUGAAGGUUUAGCACGAUGUGUUGCUGCAAUGAUAGCGAAGUGGUUGAAAUAUUUUCAUGAAAUCCCUACUGUGUUUCUACUUGCUAAAGUAUUUGAUCCUAGAAUAAGAUUACAUGGUGUGGAGAAAUUGUUGGAGAUUUACUAUGAUGCUCUGUUUCCCAUUAAAGAUGAAAAUACCCCAAUUCCUAGCUUGAUUGUUGCUAAUGUAAAGAAAUGCUUGUAUGAUCUCUUUCAAGAGUAUAGCAUGAAGCAUGGUGCUAGUUUGGGUAUGGAUUUUUCUUCCGGUAGCCAUAGCGAUGAGAUGAUCCCUUUAUUGCAAAGACUGCAAAACUUGUACUAUGAGGUGUCAGAGAAACGGCCGAGGUGCUAUGGCGCAAACCCUUAUGGGGAGCUUGAAACAUAUCUGGCGGCUAGGUUUGAGUAUAUAGUGGAGCCGGAGUUUGAUAUCUUGAAGUGGUGGUCGAGGAUGACUAUGCAGUUCCCUGUAAUGUCCUUGAUCGCGAAGGGCAUAUUGGCAGCUCCGGCUUUGACUGUUUCUGUCGCGCAAGCAUUUGGCACGUACGGGAGGGUACGCGUUGGACUGGCAAAUGUCUAA